AUGUUCCCAGUAUCUCCAGAUCAUCCUAUGUUCCCAGUAUCUCCAGAACAUCCUAUGUUCCCAGUAUCUCCAGAACAUCCUAUGUUCCCAGUAUCUCCAGAACAUCCUAUGUUCCCAGUAUCUCCAGAGCAACCUAUGUUCCCAGUAUCUCCAGAGCAUCCUAUGUUCCCAGUAUCUCCAGAACAUCCUAUGUUCCCAGUAUCUCAAGAACAUCCUAUGUUUCUGGUAUCUCCAGAUCAUCCUAUGUUCCCAGUAUCUCCAGAAUAUCCUAUGUUCCCAGUAUCUCCAGAGCUUCCUAUGUUCCCAGUAUCUCCAGAGCAUCCUAUGUUCCCAGUAUCUCCAGAACAUCCUAUGUUCCCAGUAUCUCCAGAGCAUCCUAUGUUCCCAGUAUCUCCAGAAUAUCCUAUGUUCCCAGUAUCUCCAGAACAUCCUAUGUUCCCAGUAUCUCCAGAUCAUCCUAUGUUCCCGGUAUCUCCAGAGCAUCCUAUGUUCCCAGUAUCUCCAGAGCAUCCUAUGUUCCCAGUAUCUCCAGAACAUCCUAUGUUCCCAGUUUCUCCAGAACAUCCUAUGAUCCCAGUAUCUCCAGAACAUCCUAUGUUCCCAGCAUCUCCAGAUCAUCCUAUGUUCCCAGUAUCUCCAGAGCAUCCUAUGUUCCCAGCAUCUCCAGAACAUCCUAUGUUCCCAGCAUCUCCAGAUCAUCCUAUGUUCCCAGUAUCUCCAGAGCAUCCUAUGUUCCCAGUAUCUCCAGAGCAUCCUAUGUUCCCAGUAUCUCCCCAGAACAUCCUAUGUUCCCAGUAUCUCCCCAGAACAUCCUAUGUUCCCAGUAUCUCCAGAGAAUCCUAUGUUCCUGGCAUCUCCAGACCAUCCUAUGUUCCCAGUAUCUCCAGAACAUCCUAUGUUCCCAGUAUCUCCAGAUCAUCCUAUGUUCCCAGCAUCUCCAUAGCAUCCUAUGUUCCCAGUAUCUCCAGAGCAUCCUAUGUUCUCAGUAUCUCCAGAACAUCCUAUGUUCCCAGUAUCUCCAGAGCAUCCUAUGUUCCCAACAUCUCCAGAGCAUCCUAUGUUCCCAGUAUCUCCAGAACAUCCUAUGUUCCCAGUAUCUCCAGAGCAUCCUAUGUUCCCAGUAUCUCCAGAUCAUCCUAUGUUCCCAGUAUCUCCAGAUCAUCCUAUGUUCCCAACAUCUCCAGAACAUCCUAUGUUCCCAGUAUCUCCAGAACAUCCUAUGUUCCCAGUAUCUCCAGAACAUCCUAUGUUCCCAGUAUCUCCAGAGCAUCCUAUGUUCCCAGCAUCUCCAGAGCAUCCUAUGUUCCCAGCAUCUCCAGAGCAUCCUAUGUUCCCAGUAUCUCCAGAGCAUCCUAUGUUCCCAGUAUCUCCAGAUCAUCCUAUGUUCCCAGUAUCUCCAGAACAUCCUAUGUUCCCAGUAUCUCCAGAUCAUCCUAUGUUCUCAGUAUCUCCAGAACAUCCUAUGUUCCCAGUAUCUCCAGAGCAUCCUAUGUUCCCGGUAUCUCCAGAACAUCCUAUGUUCCCAGUAUCUCCAGAACAUCCUAUGUUCCCAGUAUCUCCAGAGCAUCCUAUGUUCCCGGUAUCUCCAGAACAUCCUAUGUUCCCAGUAUCUCCAGAGCUUCCUAUGUUCCCAGUAUCUCCAGAACAUCCUAUGUUCCCAGUAUCUCCAGAACAUCCUAUGUUCCCAGUAUCUCCAGAGCAUCCUAUGUUCCCGGGAUCUCCAGAGCAUCCUAUGUUCCCAGUAUCUCCAGAACAUCCUAUGUUCCCAGUAUCUCCAGAACAUCCUAUGUUCUUAGUAUCUCCAGAACAUCCUAUGUUCCCAGUAUCUCCAGAGCAUCCUAUGUUCCCAGUAUCUCUAGAGCAUCCUAUGUUCCCAGUAUCUCUAGAGCAUCCUAUGUUCCCAGUAUCUCCAGAACAUCCUAUGUUCUUAGUAUCUCCAGAACAUCUUAUGUUCCCAGUAUCUCCAGAGCAUCCUAUGUUCCCAGUAUCUCCAGAGAAUCCUAUGUUCCCAGUAUCUCCAGAGCAUCCUAUGUUCCCAGUAUCUCCAGAACAUCCUAUGUUCCCAGUAUCUCCAGAGCAUCCUAUGUUCCCAGUAUCUCCAGAGCAUCCUAUGUUCCCAGUAUCUCCAGAGCAUCCUACGUUCCCAGUAUCUCCAGAGCAUCCUAUGUUCCCAGUAUCUCCAGAUCAUCCUAUGCUCCCAGUAUCUCCAGAUCAUCCUAUGUUCCCGGUAUCUCCAGAACAUCCUAUGUUCCCAGUAUCUCCAGAGCAUCCUAUGUUCCCAACAUCUCCAGAGCAUCCUAUGUUCCCAGUAUCUCCAGAACAUCCUAUGUUCCCAGUAUCUCCAGAGCAUCCUAUGUUCCCAGUAUCUCCAGAUCAUCCUAUGUUCCCGGUAUCUCCAGAACAUCCUAUGUUCCCAGUAUCUCCAGAGCAUCCUAUGUUCCCAGUAUCUCCAGAGCAUCCUACGUUCCCAGUAUCUCCAGAGCAUCCUAUGUUCCCAGUAUCUCCAGAGCAUCCUAUGUUCCCAGUAUCUCCAGAGCAUCCUAUGUUCUUAGUAUCUCCAGAACAUCCUAUGUUCCCAGUAUCUCCAGAGAAUCCUAUGUUCCCAGUAUCUCCAGAACAUCCUAUGUUCCCAGUAUCUCCCCAGAUCAUCCUAUGUUCCCAGCAUCUCCAGAACAUCCUAUGUUCCCAGCAUCUCCAGAACAUCCUAUGUUCCCAGUAUCUCCAGAGAAUCCUAUGUUCCCAUUGGAGGGUCAGAGGUCCUCCAAAGUCUGA